CUGCUCGGCUUUUCCCGCCUUUCACUGGCCUCUGGAGGAGAGUCAGAGUUCACGCCCCUCUUUGGGGAUACCUGCUCGCAGCCAGAGGAUGCGGGGACUAGUGGGUGGGGGACGUCCUUCUGGCCCAGAAUCUUAAGGGGCAAAGGACAGACUUUUGGAUUGUAAACUCCGCCGGGAGCUGGGAGGCGGGAAGAGGUGUGUGGGCGGGGUCAGGGGUGAAAGGUCAUAGGGCUGCGAAGGGGGCGGAGCGAGCCGGAGGCGGAUGGCGGCUGCCGCGGCUCUUCAUCUUUGGCGGCAGAGUCACUGAAACGGGGACGCGGCUGCGACGCGUCCGGCAGUGGGAGGAGAGCGGCGGCCGCUCCCAACAUGCACAGCCUGGCGACAGCUGCGCCUGUGCCUACUGCACUGGCUCAGGUAGAUAGAGAAAAAAUCUAUCAGUGGAUCAAUGAGCUGUCCAGUCCUGAGACGAGGGAAAACGCUUUGCUGGAGCUGAGUAAGAAGCGAGAAUCUGUUCCUGAUCUUGCACCCAUGCUGUGGCAUUCUUUUGGUACUAUUGCAGCACUUUUACAGGAAAUUGUAAAUAUUUAUCCAUCUAUCAACCCACCCACUUUGACAGCACACCAGUCUAAUAGAGUUUGCAAUGCUCUGGCAUUACUACAAUGUGUGGCAUCACACCCAGAAACCAGGUCAGCAUUUCUUGCAGCACACAUCCCACUUUUUUUGUAUCCCUUUUUGCACACCGUCAGCAAAACACGGCCCUUUGAGUACCUUCGGCUAACCAGUCUUGGAGUUAUUGGGGCCCUAGUGAAAACAGAUGAGCAGGAAGUAAUCAACUUUUUAUUGACAACAGAAAUUAUCCCUUUGUGUUUGCGCAUUAUGGAAUCUGGAAGUGAACUUUCCAAAACGGUUGCCACAUUUAUCCUCCAGAAAAUCCUCUUAGAUGACACAGGUUUGGCAUAUAUAUGUCAGACAUACGAGCGUUUCUCCCACGUUGCCAUGAUCCUGGGUAAGAUGGUCCUGCAGCUCUCCAAAGAGCCUUCCGCCCGUCUGCUGAAGCACGUAGUGAGGUGUUACCUGCGACUCUCAGAUAACCCCAGGGCACGUGAAGCGCUCAGGCAGUGCCUCCCUGACCAGCUGAAGGACACGACCUUCGCCCAGGUGCUAAAAGAUGACACCACCACGAAACGCUGGCUUGCACAAUUGGUGAAGAACCUGCAGGAGGGCCAGGUCACCGAUCCCCGGGGCAUCCCCUUGCCCCCUCAGUGAUCCUCCCCCACCCCCUCCUACCACUCCCCCAAGCUGGGGAAGGGAGGGGGAACCCGCGAGGGAAAACAGCUCAGGUUUUACCGCUGACCAGGAAUAGACAACCUCAAUGCUGAACUGCACUGGAGAAGAGGGGCGAGGUCACCCCGCUGGGGUGAACGGGCUGCCAUCUUGGGCUGCCUCCGGGACCCGGGCUCCCUCCGCUACUCCCAGGAGAUGGGCCCCUGACACAGCAGUCUGCCACCACAGCUCCAGGAGGGUGUCAACACCAGCAAAUGCUGUGUCUGCAGCGUGCCAGCGAUGGCCCUUCUCCCCGACCCGUACUAGCCACUGGCGGGGAGGGGGACGUGGCGGUGGUAGCACGCUAGGCAUGCCGAACGCCUGGGACCAAGCCGUGUGGCGGUCUUCUAUUUUGCCUUCCUGGAAGACUCAAGACGUGUCUCUUCAUCCUCUCUCUCAGUAUUUGUUUACUUUGGUCUCUUGUUUUUGAUGUCAGAGAGAGGUGUGUUUAGUGGACACGAGCUGUAAUACUCAGCAGAACUUUGUCAAUUGGCACUGUUUACAAGUCUGUUAGCUGCAUAAGCUUAAUAAAAAAUUGGUCUGGGCAUUACAUCCCCUCUAACAGGCCAACAGCUGCAUGAACUGUGGGGAGGAACGGGAGGCAAGGGAAGGAUAAAGCCAAAGGACAGCAGGACCCCAUCGCCUCUUUCCCUUCCCUUUCCGUUCUUCUGCCCCCAGUUCCAGAUGCCACAAGGACCCUAACCUUGUUUCUGGCUCUAGCUGCUAGCUUUUCCAAAUCUCAGUGCUUUUCCCUUUUCCACAUCCCUCCUAUUAAACUUCCAACAGACGUCUUAAUUCAUCAGGCUGUCCUGGAAGGGUAUUGUACUGGGGGAGGAGAGGUGGCUUGGGCCUCACCUUCAAUUCCAGUCCUCAGAGAGGUUUCCUGGGUAACUUUUAAAGGGGAAGGUGCCUGGGGACCAAGAUGACAGGCUGCUUGAUCCCAUUCUUUAGUAUGAAUUUCUGCAGCUCCAUCUGUGUUCAUGAUUGUACUUGAAGUGGCAUUAGCUGAAUGAGUUCAUCUUACUCAGAUUUAAGACAGAGGUCGGGACUCUGCUUCUUCACUGUUUUUUUUUUUCCCUGACACAUUCCCUAUCGGUCUAUGGGAAUUACAGGGUUGCCACUAAAGUACUUCCUCUUGUUCAUAUCGAGUCAGUGAAACCCCCUUCCUUCUUUGGAGCUCCAGAUGACUUCACAAUCCAGAGACUUGAAUCUGUAACGCAGUGUAAACUGCCUUGCUUUCCCCCAGUCCUUCCCUCUGCCAACACCUGCUCUCUCUCUCUCAUCCCCACCUCCAGUCAAAGAUGGGAUUAUUAAUCCAACUCUAGAGAGAGACGAGGUAUUUUCUAUCCACAUCUCCCCAGUGAAGGUAUCUCCGAACAAGUUUGGGGAGGGUCCGUCUGUAAGGAGCAAGCUCCGAGAAACCUCUGUGGAGGCAGUUCGGCCAACCCAAGGGCUCUUCAAGCCGACUUUCACAAGGGGAGCCGGCCUUGUCAGUUGGCUUCUGUCUCUAGAGCCGACAAAGUAGUAAUUGAGUAGCCUAGAUGUAGGAAGGGUAGAAGAAGCACUUACUCCCCUGCCUUCCAAAAUGAAGAGGAGAACCAGGUGAGCUCUCAGUCUCAAGCCUGAAGAGAAGAGGUCUUGGAGGAAGCAGAGAACAGCAUGGACUGGACAGACGUCUGGACUUCCCUCAGCUCAUAGUUUCAUGAGCUGGAGAGGCCAGCUGAGGGAUCUCUGAUUUUUGCCAACUGCCUUCCUGCUGAGCCAAAGUUUUCUCAUUCCCCCUUCACUGGGGAAGCAGCUGAGGCCCAGGGCCUUGCUCCCUGGGAAAUUAUCUUCUCGCUCCAUCUUCUGGUGCAUUGGCCAUGUUACUGUGCCAAUAGUGUCUUAACUCCUGUUCCAUCUAUUCUCAGCUGGCCUUGGACCCCACCUAGGAGUUGGGGGAGGGAUGAAAAUGGGUAUUAUUCCUUGUAGUUGAUCCUGAUGUCAUGUGUGUAUAAAGAGACCCCUCCAUUUUUUUUUUUGUUUGUUUGUUUUCCAUCCCUCUCACUCCCUAACAGGAUUGAAAUAAAACCUGUUUCUGUUUUUAUAAAAAUAAUUUUUCCUUUAAA